UUUUUAUCCAAAAAUCUGCAAUAAUUGUACAAUUUCCACACGGACUUGAACAAAUAUUGUACAAAAAUUGGAUGAUUUUUUUUCAUAGGGAUGGUGAAAUUGUCCAUUGUUUUGGAUUAACACAAAAUCCAUCAAAUGGAGAUUAUAUGCUUGUAAUGAAUAAAUAUGAUAUAGAUUUAAGAAAAUAUUUACAACAAAAUCAUAAUCAACUUACAUGGAAAGAAAGAAUUCAAAUUAUUACAGAUAUAACUAUUGCACUUAGAAGUAUUCAUGAAGAAAAUGCAAUUCAUAGAGAUUUGCAUUCUGGAAAUAUAUUAUUCAAAAUUGGCCUAGGAUGUCAUAUUAGUGACCUUGGAUUUUGUGGACCUGCAGAUAAACCAUUAAAAAGUAUAUAUGGGAAUCUUCCUUAUAUAGCACCUGAGAUUAUUAUUGGAAAAGAACAGACUUUUAAAUCUGAUAUUUAUAGUAUUGGAAUGCUUAUGUGGGAAGUUUCGUCAGGACAACCACCAUUUAUUAAUUAUGAACAUGAUUAUGAUCUUGCAAUGGAUAUUGUUAAUGGUAUGAGACCAAAAAUUGUACCAGGAACUCCUUUAGAAUAUAAAAAUUUAAUGAAACAAUGUUGGGAUGCUGGUCCAUCAAAAAGACCUGAUAUUGUUACACUUGAUGAAAAAAUAAACGAAAUUAAUCUAUUUUAUCAAAAUAAAUCAAAUGAAUUAUUAACUCAACCAGAAGAAAAUAAUAACUUUGAAAUAGAAAAUUGUACUAGUCGUAGCAAACUGUUUACAAGUAAACUUCAUCAAUUUGAUAAUCUUCCUGAACCAAGAAAUGCGACAGAAGAAAAACAAGAAGGUACAAAUUAGAUAAAAUAUAUAAUUUUAAUUUAUAAACAUUAAUGGUAAUAAUGGU